AUGUUUAAUCAACUACUACUACUACUACUACUACUACCUUUGUCAUCUGCUCUUCAACAAUUAUCAAAUAUUUUCGACAAUCCUGACGAGUGCUAUAACGGAUCGCUUAUCGCCUAUCCUACCGAUGAUUAUGACAUUUAUACGGUCUAUGAGGAGACGUCGACGUGUAUUCGAGCGUUUCACCGCGAAAAAGAGGAGCCAUCGCGAAAAUGCCCGCCACAUUUGAUGGAUUUCGACGUGCAGCCAAUAUUGAAAUGGCGCGAGGACGCCAGAAAUGUUGAAUAUGUCGCGCUUAAAGUGAUGAUCACUUCGCAUUAUCGGGUCUCAUCGAUCUUCUAUCGAUAUGAAUGCGUGUUCGCUCAAGAUGGAGCUGACGUCUAUUGUUCGACGCCGGUUCGCAAAAAUCCGCCGUGUCGAGGCCUCAAUAUUGAUUCGAAUGCGACGAUGGUCGGCACGCCGAUUCGUUUGGCGUAUAAUUGUUUCGUCAUGACGGCUUAUUCGGUUUAUAGGCUGAACGCCACGAUUUUUCCGCAAAAUUGCAAAGUUUCGCUGAAAGUCACAAUGCCGCAAAUUCGUCACUUAUUCCCGAAGGGUUCGAUUCAAAAAAGCGACGAGCUUGUUUGGGCUCCUGGCCUUAUUGUCGACGAAACCGAUGAUGACGCUAUUGUUAUUAGAGCUUUCAAGGAAAAAGAAGCGCCGUGCGACACCAUCGACGUGAAUAUAUACCAACACACGAACGGCUCAUACAAAUUCAUCAACGAGUAUGUGCUCGAAUGCCCAAAUUUGGAAGCGAUUCGUUGGGAGAACGCGCGCGAAGGCGAUUAUAUCAUUUUUGCGAGCGUCCCGUUGGCCGGUUGCCAAUUCUCGUGUCACGAUGUCAAAACGCCGUGUGUUCAAUGCGUUCGAUCUCAAAUGCACAUUACGGUACCUUUCGAUAGGCGCGCGAUGAUUUGGAAAUUGCGCGACACCGUCGUCGAUCAUUCGUUGGAAAUUCUGGUCUGCAUCGCACUCAUCCUUCUAUUGAUUGCUGUCGCCGUUUCGGCGGCGCUCUUAUUCAAAUGGUAUCGUGACUCGCGAAUCGUACGCGAAAUCGAGAUGGACGAGUUCGUCAAGACGAUGAUAUUGUAUUCGGACGAUUGCACACAGCACACCGAAUGUGUGACGGCGGCGAUCGAUUGUCUGAGAGGCGCCGGAAAAGUGAACGCGUUGUUUGACGUCGAUUUCAUCGCCGAAUUGGGUUUCCAACCGUUUCGCUGGAUUUGCACGGCGUUCGUCGAAGCGCAGAAGCAUUUGAUAUUCGUCUCGCCGUGCACAUCGAAAUACUUCGACGCCGACUUCAUCGCCGGCCACCAAUUGCAGCAGACUCGACCGCUGCCGGAUUUGUUUCGCCUAUCGAUUGACAUGAUCGUCCGGGAGUGCGGUUUGAAUCCGCAACUCGCGCGAAAACGCUUUUGCAUUGUCACGUUUCCCUACUUCACCGAAAUUCCGGAGCAAUUGCGGACGCUUGGAUUGCCGGUUUUUAAAAUUCCUCAAGAAUUUGCGCUGCUCACCGUAUUUUUGCACAGUUUCAAGAAUGCCGAACGCUCGAAUUGGUCGAUAAUUAUUCCUGACGAGUUGUCGGAGAGAUUGGACGCUCGAAUCGAGGAGAUGCGCAAAUUUUGCGCCGACAAUCCCGGAUGGCAGGAAUCGCGAUGGGUUCGACGAGAAGAAAUAGCGCCAAUUUCGAUCGGACCACCGCCACAAAUGGAGGCGGGACGGCCGGCGGAUCUCACUGAUGAGGAUCGCAUUCGAAUAUCCAACGAAUUGGGACUAUUGCCGCCCGACUCGAGUUCGGAGGACUCCGAAUCCGAAAUGAACAUCGAGGUUUUCGAGCGAUCCGAAUCGGAAGCUGAAGUCGAAAACGAGCGAUCCGAGGCUCAAGGAGAUGUUGAUUCUCGACCAUCUACAAGCGGCGAAAUUGGCGAAGGCGAGAAGAUUGGCGAAAAACGCCACAAAUGCCACCAAUGCGAUUAUUCGGCGAAAUAUCCGAGUAAAGUUCGCCGACACGCCGAAUCGGCUCAUCGCGAUUCGUCGAGCGGCGGCGUUCGAUGGUACGAGUGUCCGCAGGCGAGAUGCGCCGACAAAUUCACCACGUUUUUGGAGGUCCGACGACAUUUGGCCGACAAACAUCCGCUAACGCAUCAAUGUCCGCAUUGCAAAUAUGAGAAUAAGAAACCCGCGUUCGUUCGUCGCCACAUCGAACAGAUGCACAAUAAUGGAAUUCCGUGUCCAAUUUUGGGUUGCGAGGCGAGAAUCGCGAAGAAUCGCCUCAGAAAACACCUGAAAGACGAGCACGCCGAUCGCGGCGAUGAGAUUGUCGCGAAAAACUCGACGCCGUCGGUGAGAAUCGCGAGAAUCCGAUGCGAUGAGUGCGAUUAUGAGCCGGACUCGUGUAAAAUUGGCGACAAAUCGAGGCGAGACGACGUCGAAAUGCACCGAGAGACGAUUCAUGGGAGUGGCGUCGAAUGCCCGCUGCGAUGUGGACGGCGAAUGCGAAUCGAGGAGAUCGACGAGCAUCUCGCUGGCGACCAUGCCGACGACGAACCAUCAAAGAGCAAUGAGCCCGACGAUUCCGAAUCGACGGCUGCCUCGUUGGCGACGAUUGUUGGUGAGUUGGACUUUGACCUCUGUUGA